UCAGCUCAUCUGAGUGGGUUUUGAGGAUCAUGCCAGUUGUGUUUUAUAAGCUGUAGCUGCCUGCAAUUGACCACUUCAAGAGCCAAAUAAACAGUAUUAACAGGCAGCAUUUGUACAGUUGCUGUGAUGAAGAAGCAUGAUACUGGAUCCAGCAUCCCUGCCACGGGAAGGAGAAGUAUCUGGUCAUCUAUGCUUUUGCACAUUAGCGGACAACUGAAUCACGGGGAAAUUUUCAGUUGAUGUUGGAAUACAUUAAUGUGCUAUAGCUAUUGAAUUCUUUCCAUUUCGGGACUCCAUUCAAUCGAAUAGGUUAUGCAUUGUUGUUAACAUUGUUGUCUCUUGUGUUGUCGUUUGCCAUCCAAGAAUCCAUGUUUUGGUUUAUUGGACCAAGUCAAGCCUCUACCAGAUGUCAAGUUCGAUUGCAGCCAUAGUUGGAGCUGCUGCAGGUGGCCUUGCAUUGUUGGCGAUCAUCAUUGGGUUUCUGUGGUUCUACAUUUUGUGUUGUAGGACCCCUGCAAAUAAAAGUUCUGAGACUGGUUCUUCGGACCCAUCUAAUCCAGUGGAAUGGGGUAGGAGAGAUCGGAUAUCAUGUGCCGGUUGUGGUCUUGCAAGUGAACAUCAGGGUGCCAGGCAAUUUACUCUAGAAGAAUUGGAAGAAGCCACCAAGAACUUUAGUGAAAGCAACAUUGUUGGUACUGGCGGUUUCGGUUUGGUGUACAAGGGUUUGCUUCUUGAUGGGACCAUUGUAGCGAUAAAAAGGCGUGUAAGUGUUCCAAGGCAGGCAUUUAUUGAACAGGUUAUGAUUUUAUCAGAAAUCAGGCAUCGCAAUCUAGUUACUCUUAUUGGUUAUUGUCAGGAAGGUGGUCUGCAAAUGCUCGUUUUUGAAUAUUUGCCUAAUGGAAGUGUCUCCAAUCACUUGUAUGAUAGUGAACAACAUUCCCUUACAAGGCUUGAAUUUAAACAAAGGCUUGCAGUAGCUAUUGGAGCAGCCAAAGGAUUAGCCCAUCUGCACAGUCUUUCACCUCCUUUAGUACAUCAAGACUUCAAAACAAGCAACGUCUUGGUUGACGAGAACUUUAUUGCAAAAGUGGCUGAUGCAGGUUUUUUUAAAUUACUACAAGGAAGUGGAGAAGUUGGACCUCAAGGAAGUAGCAAUAUCUUCCAAGAUCCAGGGGUUGGAGAAUUACAGGGAUUUUCUGAAGCCAGUGAUAUUUAUAGCUUUGGGGUGUUUCUUCUAGAGCUCAUAAGUGGCAUCGAAGUGACACAUUGCAUCUCUCAAGAUUCAUACAGUUUCUUAGUCCAGUGGGUGGAAGCACAUAUGGGCUCAAAUGAUCUCAUUGAUCGCCGGCUAGAGAGUGGUUUUACUUCUGAAGGGAUGAAAGAGCUAAUUGCACUGACUUUUCAAUGCUUGAAUCCAUCCGAGCACAGCCGUCCAAAGAUGAGAGCUGUUGUUGUAGAGCUUGACCGGAUUCUUGAGACAGAGAUGGCACUGACAACGGUCAUGGGUGACGGCACAGCGAUAGUCACCCUCGGAAGCCAGUUAUUUACUUCAGCAUGAAGAACAAUUCAUCAAUUUUCUGAUCAUUACCAGAAUAAGAACCAAGUUCUUUUUCAUCCAAGAUUCCAGUUGUUGCUAGUACUUCUGGUGCAGUGCAGAUCAAAUCUCAGCCUUAAGGCAGCAACUCUGGCUCUGCAUCAGAUUCAAGUCCAAUAGCUUCUACUGAUGACACAUGGAGCUUGUGAAACUGAGAUGCUUUUUUCCUGAGUUGGCAAACUCUAGUAGAUUUGGUGAAGCACACCAAGACAGAAAUCAAGCUUCAUGUAUUACUAC